UCCGGUUUGGUUCAUUCACUUGACUAGAGUGUUGCCGUCGACAGGUGUUGCACGUUUUUGCCCUUGUUCCGCGCGUUCGUUAUUGCAUUUUGUGAGAAAAAGCACGUUUUUUUUUAAGUUAAGGUUUCCACCGGUAAAAGUAACAGUAAAGUGCGAAAAUGAGCGACGAGUGGGAACAAAACGACAAUGGCGGAAAAUCGUUUGGUCACACCGACUACGGAAGCGAAGAGCAAGAGGAACCAGAUCAAGAUCGACGCGGUGGUGGUGGUUUCCGAGGACGUGGUAGUCGAGGUGGACGUGGCGGGCGAGGAGGUCGCGGUGGAGGGUUCGGUGGUGGUGGAGGAUACGGUGGCGGUCGGAGCUACGAUAACGGUGACGGUGGAUCCAAUGGGUAUGGUGAGCAUUGUGAUCGUGACCGGGAUGACAACAACGACUACCAAAACGGUGAUGGUGGUCGAGGUCGUGGACGUGGCGGCCGGGGUGGUCGUGGUGGCCGCGGCGGUAGAGGCGGUGGUCGUGGCGGUUUUGGCGGAGGUGGAGACAAUGAUGGAGAAGAUGGUGGCUACAGUCGCGGCGGCCAGGGUGGCGGCUACCAUCGUGGUGGCGAGGGUGACGGCUACAGUCGUGGUGGUGACGGUGGCGGAAACCGAUCUCGCAAAUUUGACGAUAAUAACAAUUUCGGUGGCGAAGGUGACGAUCAGAUAAAAACAGAUAAGCCGAGGGAGCUGUAUAUUCCUCCAGCACCUACCGAAGACGAAGAUGAGAUGUUUGGGUCCGGAAUCACUACCGGAAUAAAUUUUGACAAAUUUGAUCAAAUUACGGUAAACGUAACGGGUGAAAACCCUCCCAGUCCCAUUAAUUCCUUCUCGGAUUCGGGUCUACGGGAGUACUUGUUGAAUAAUGUACGAAAAUGUCACUACACCAAACCGACACCCAUUCAAAAACACGCCAUUCCGAUUAUUAUGGAUAAGCGGGAUCUAAUGGCAUGUGCUCAAACUGGAUCAGGUAAAACGGCGGCUUUUCUUCUACCCAUGAUCAAUGCGCUGCUGAAUGAUAAUGACGACUUGGAGACCGGACAACCGUUUGUUGUCAUAAUUGCUCCCACCCGUGAGUUGGCACUGCAAAUCUUUAACGAAGCACGAAAAUUUGCCCUUGGAACCGUUUUGAAGGUGUGUGUUGCGUACGGAGGAACUGCUACCCGUCACCAGAUGGACAAUGUGAACAAUGGUUGUCAUAUUCUCGUUGCCACGCCCGGUCGUCUGAUGGACUUUGUGGACAAGCAGGCAGUAAGUUUUUCGAAGGUAAAAUUCGUUGUUCUGGAUGAAGCGGAUCGGAUGCUGGACAUGGGUUUUGUGAAGGCUAUUGAAAAAAUAAUGAAUCACGAGACAAUGCUGCCGAAAGAAGCUCGACAGACAUUGAUGUUUUCGGCGACAUUUCCACCCGUAAUUCAGGAGCUGGCUGGGCAGUUCCUAAACAAUUACAUUUUCGUUACAAUUGGCAUAGUAGGUGGCGCUAGCUCCGACGUAGAUCAGGUCAUCUACGAAGUACAGAAAUUCCAGAAACGUAAAAAGCUAGAAGAAAUUAUAAGAGCUGGCGAUCCUGCUGGAACGUUGGUGUUUGUCGAAACCAAACGAACUACUGAUUAUUUAGCUUCGAUUCUGUCGGAGAAUGUAACACUUACCACUUCGAUCCACGGUGACCGGCUGCAGCGAGAACGGGAAGAAGCCCUGCGGGAUUUUAAAUCCGGGCACAUGAAAAUAUUGGUUGCCACAUCGGUAGCCGCACGGGGGUUGGAUAUCAAGAAUGUGGCACAUGUUAUCAACUAUGAUCUACCGAAGACUAUCGACGACUACGUGCAUCGCAUCGGGCGAACGGGGCGCGUAGGCAACAAGGGCAGGGCUACCAGCUUCUACAAUGCGGAGGAAGAUUCCGCACUGGGCCCGGAUCUGGUGAGGAUUUUGCAGCAGGCGGGGCAACAAGUUCCCGAUUUUCUGGAGGGUUUGGGUGGUUCCGGCGGCGGCGGCAGUAGCGGUUCGUUCGGGGGAGCCAACCAGUUUGGUGGUCGGGAUAUUCGAGACGCCAGCGGAUCUGGGGCGGAGGCGAAACCUUCCCCAUUGGACACGGAUGCUGAGUGGUAGCUUUGCAAAACUAAUAUUUUUGAGACGCUGGAAAAGUCUUUUAUGCACCAUGAACUAUCGGCUUUGUAGUAAGUUACGAACACCUUUUUUUUCGUUAUUUUUAAUUCAUUCCUGGAACGAAUGUUAUGACUAGUUUCAUAUGAGUAAUAAAGAUAUUUGUUGCAAAGUGAUUGCAAGAGUA